AUGUCGGCUGAACUGCUCGUCCCCUUCCACAUUUCUUAUAUCCAGAAUUUAGGCAAAAGCAAGGAUGAUCUCGCCUACCAUCUUAACGCGCACCUCCGGAUGAACACGAUAUACUGGGGCCUCACUGCUCUCUGCAUCAUGGGCCACCAGGACGCACUUCACAGAGAAGAGAAAAUAGAUUAUGUCUUUAGCUGCUGGGAUGAAGAGGCAGGCUCAACUGCUCUCUGCUCUCGCAUCGCGCUCUGUCUCCGCGCGUGA